CCCAGUUUUUAUCCGCCUUUCGUUUCAAUUGGGGGUUCCACAAAAUACAAAACCCUAGAAAUGAAAUCGUUGGAAUCCAAACAAUCAUCACCGUAGUUGAAGAAAAACACCUGUAAUCAGAGCCUAAAAAGGAUCAUCAGCUGCUGCUAACAUUGAAUAUGAGGUUGAAAACACUGGAAGUAUGGGACUUCAAGAAGCUCUUAAGAACCAGAGGCCGUCAAAUGGCUGAAAGGGAGAUGAAACUGUGACUGAAGCAGUGGAUGAAAGACCUGGCGCUGUUGCUCUCGAGAAGCAGAGGUCUUCAACCACGAAACCACGUAUUCAAUUGUCAAUGGCUGGAGAGCAAAAUAAAUUGUGACGAAUGCAGUGAUGAAAGACUCAACGCUGUUGAUCCCAGGGAAAAGAGGUUUUCAACACCAAACCAUCUUCUGCAAUUGUCAAUGGCAGUUGGGCAAACGAAAUUGUGAGCAUUGCAGUGGAUGCAAGACCCAUCGCGGUUGCUCUUAAGAAGCAGAGGUCUUCAACAACUAAACAAUGUUCUGAAUUUUUUCUAUGGCCGUAGGGGAAACAAAAUUGUGUCCCAUCCAGUCGAUGGAAGAUUCAACGCUGUUGCUGACAUGCUUGAUGCUGCGAUCAAUACUAGAGAUUAAGAUGCUGGCACGUUUGAUACUGUGGGUGAUAUUAGAGAUGAAGAUGGUGACAUGCUUGAUGCCGAAGACCAUUGGUUACCCACCAACUCUGGUGAAGAUGCUGACGUACUUGAUGAUGAUGGAAAAGGUGACAUGCAAAUUGCAGAAGACCAAUCGUUAUCCAGCAACUGCGAUGAAGAUUCUGACAUACUUGAUGUGGAUGGAAACGGUGGCGACAUGCAAAUUUUGAGAGAGCACUCGUUACCCACCAACUCUGAGAAAGUUGCAUGUUCGUCAAGGAGAAGGAACCGAGAAACGGUCCGAGGACAAGUAACUGACCCUCGAAGGGAGUCUAACAACGGAAACUGCAUCAGUAAUGGCCAAGGAAGCACUUCUAGGCGAUCAGGAAGGAAGCUGUGGUGAGGUGGGUUUGGGUUGUUACUGCUUUGAUCUGAAUCAGAGCUUUAUUUUGCUUGUGGGUAUUCAGCUAUAACCAGUUGGAUCGGUUUAUCCCUAACAGAUCUGCAAUGGAUUUCGACUAUGCACACUACAUGCUAAUGGAAGCAAAGAAAGGUAAGGAAAAUCCAGUUGCAAGUUCUCCAGCGAAAGAGGCUUACAGGUGCAGCUAGCAGAGGCUUUGAACAUUAACAGAACCAGAAUUCUUGCGUUCAAGAACAAGCCGCCUACACCUGCAGAGUCGCUGUUCCCUGAAAUUCCAUCAGUUCAACAAGCGAAACCAGCAAAGCCCUAAACAUCCAUUCCCCGAACUUCAGAGAGGACAUUGGAUGCCCCAGAUAUCAUUGAUGAUUACUACUUAUAUACCUGGCUGGGAAGCAGCAAUGUCCUUGCAAUAGCUGUUGGAAACAGCGUGUACUUGUGGGAAGCCACCGAUUCAUCCACCUCUGAACUCAUGACUGUCGAUGAAGAUACAGGCCCUAUUACCAAUGUGAGCUCGGUUCCUGAUGGUCGUCACAUUGCUGUUGGAUUGAACAUUUGAAGUUCAACUCUGGGAUUCUACAUCUAACAAACAACUGAGAACUCUACGAGGUGGUCAUGAAUCUCGAGUUGGUGCUAUGGAUUGGAACAACCAUGUUGUGUCAACAGGAGGAGUGGACGGUUUGAUUAUUAAAAUGAUGUCAGAAUCAGGAACCACAUUGUAGAAAACAUACAAAGGACAUCAUCAAGAAGUGUGUGGAUUGAAAUGGUCUGCAUCGGGACAACAAUUAGCAAGUGGUGGGAGUGACAACCUUCUUCAUAUUUGGGAUAGAUCAGUUGCUUGAUGCAUCUUCCAACUCUCCUACUCAAUGGCUUCACAGGCUCAAAGACCACAGUGCUGCCAUAAAAGCCCUUGCUUGGUGUCCAUUCCAGGCUAAUUUACUUGCUUUUGGUGGUGGUGGAGGCGAUAGAUGUAUCAAAUUGUCGGACAAAAAUGAGAGAGAACUUUUGAGCUCUCAUGGAUUUACUCAAAACCAAUCGACCCUUUGGAAAUAUCCUAUACAUGGAAGCUGAUACUGAAAGGGUUCACACUUUCAAAGUCGAUGUGACCACAUAUAGUCCCUUGGACGGGAAAACUCAUGAUUGGCCAGCUGGUCGUUUGGAUUCAAAUUUGCAAACAAUUGCUAAAAUAGCUGCUGUCUGCAAUGGUGCAUCUGUGACACAAUCAGGGUCACAGUACAUUGCCAAUGGAAUGCCUACUGAGGCAGCACUCAAGGUUCUAGUUGAGAAAAUGGGGCUUCCUGAAGGGCUUGAUCGCUCGUCAUCAGCUUCUGAUGUUUUGUCAUGUUGCAAGCGUUGGGGAGUUGUUGAACGUCGGAUUGCAACCCUUGAGUUUGAUCGCGAUAGGAAGUCUGUGGGAGUUAUCGUGAAGUCAUCAUCUGGGAAAAAUACACUACUGGUUAAGGGUGCGGUAGAGAAUCUACUGUAGAGAAGUAAUUGCAUUCAGCUUCUUGAUGGUUCUGUUGUAAAAUUGGAUCACAGUUCACGGACCCUUAUUUUAGAAUCUCUUCAUGAGAUGUCAUCAACUGCGCUACGUUGUUCAAUAGUUCGAGUGUUGAGGAACCACAUUUGCAGUAGAGAGUGAUUCUGCAUUAGGCUUAGAGAAUAAGCUUGUAAAGUCCAUUGGUUGGACCAUUUUGUAUCUUCCCCUUAAGCUAAUAAAAGUGUGUUUGUUGUCUUA